AUGAGGUUUCCAGUAGCAGCCUAUAAUGGAUCUCGUCCUAGCUUGGAGGUAGAUCUCUUUGUUGCAAACAAGCUCAUUGACAUGUAUGGAAGGUGUGGAAGCAUAGGGGAUGCACUGUCGGUCUUUCAAAGCCUCAAAGAACGGGACUUCUUCUCCUGGCACUUUCUGCUCUACGGGUAUAUCCACAACGGGUAUAUAGAGGAGGCUAAACUCCUUUUUACUCGAAUGCCAUACAGGGACAUUGUCUCCUGGACUGCUAUGUUAGCUGCGUAUGCCAAGAGCAACCGUUUGGAGGAAGCCAAGGAGGUCUUUGACAUGAUGCCCCUGAGAAAUCUCUUCUCUUGGACGUCGAUGCUGGUUGCGUAUGCCCGGAAUGGGCAUUUGCUUGACGCAAAACUUAUGUUUCUCGAGUCCCCUGAGACCGACAUGGUAUCUUGGACAGCGUUGCUCACGGCGUACGCGCAAAAUGGCUCUGUUAAGAGCGCCAUAAAAGUUUUUGAAGAGAUGCCCGAACACGACAUUGUUGCUUGGAACGCUAUCCUAGCUGCCUGUGCCCAAAACGGGCAUAUAGAACUGGCUCUAGCAACUUUCUCCAGAAUGCCUGAGAGGAGUUUGACCUCGUGGAACACAAUGCUGGCAGAAGGACCACAGCUGCAUUCGUCUGACCAAGUAUCUCAACUCUUCAAGGAAAUGCCAGAGACUAACCUUGUCUCCUGGACUUCUUUGCUAGCAGCUCACGCUCGGGACGGGCAUCUGGAGUUAUCAAAGUGUACCUUUGACUCCAUGCCUGAGUGGAGCACUGUGACCUGGAACGCACUUCUUUCGGUUUACAGCCGUGGAGAUUCGACAGAGCAGACCGACAGCUUGUUUCGCAGAAUACCAGAACCGGAUCUCGUCUCUUGGAACGCACUCUUGGCAUCAUACGCUCGAAACAGCCACGUUUCUAAUGUGAUCGUCGUCUUCCACCAAAUGCCGGCUCGAAACAUUAUCUCAUGGACUACGGCUUUGGGUGCCUUGAUCCAAGACGGGAACCUGGAACUUGCUUCGAGGAUGCUAGACCAAAUGCCCGAGACCGAUCUCAUCUCAGUCAGCCAGCUUCUCUCUGCUUAUGCUGUAAACGGACAUAUGCUUGAGGCAUUUCAGAUGUUCUUCGCAGCAAACCUCGUCUAUGCUAUCGACCAAGCUUGCUUUGUUUCGUUCCUGAUCGCGUGCAGCCACUCGAUCUUCUAG